AUGACAGUGUCAGCCAUUGGUUCCUCCAUUGGUAGACGUGGAAUCCAAACUUUUGAGAACCUGGAUUCACAAGUUAAUAUCACCAGAACUGGCAAAACUCUUAUCACACAAGGUACCGGUGGCAGAUCGUCGAGAACCGGGUAUACUGCGACAGUAUUCGGCGCUCCUGGUUUCUUGGGAACCGUUCUCACUGCUAAACUUGCUCGUCAAGGUACUAUCACAGUUGCUCCUUUUAGAGAGGAGAUUCACAAGAGACACCUCAAGGUCACAGGAGAUUUGGGUGUCGUCAACUUCAUGGAAUGGGAUAUUCGAAACAUCAAGUCCAUUGAGGAUUCCGUCAAGCACUCCGAUAUCGUUUAUAAUCUGGUCGGCCGUAAUUACACCACCAAAAACUUCAGUUAUCACGACGUAAAUGUCGAGGGAGCCAAGCGUAUUGCUGAGGCUGUCAAGAAGUUCAACGUCCCCAGACUUGUUCACGUUUCUUCUCACAGUGUCGACCCCAAUUCGGCGUCGGAGUUCUACAGAACCAAGGCUCUCGGUGAAGAGGUCGUCAGAGAUAUCAUUCCCGAUGCCACUAUCGUCCGUCCUGGUCCCAUGUAUGGCUUGGGUGAUAAAUUCCUUAACAAAUUAGCCCAACAAAAGUAUGUUUUACUACCUAAUGAAGGUAAGGAGACAUUCUAUCCUACAUUAGUCAACGAUGUGGCUACUGCACUUGAAAAGAUUGGAUAUGACGAUUCCACUGCUGGCAAGACCUUUGAACUCAACGGACCCAAGCUGUACACCAAAUCCGAGCUUCUCGACGCUAUUCGUGACGCUACUAAGAACGAGAUCAAGGACGUCAACAUCUCCAAGGGCGCUUACCAGGCCAUUUCCAAGCUGGCUCAAAACCUUUUCUGGGCCACCACCUCACCAGACGAGAUCGAGCGUAUGUUCAUUGACCAGGUGGUCGACAAAAACGCCCUUGGCUUUGGUGACCUCGGCAUCACCCCCAAGUCGCUCGAGUCCCGCAUCCUGCACCUGCUCCGUUUCCACAGAUCCAACGUGUACCUCCACGAGACUGUCGAGGCCGAAGCUGCCCGUAAGAAGGACGAGGAGACCUACACUAAUAUCAUCGACCGUCUGUAG